CCAGGCUCCGGCGGGGGGGGGAAGGCUCCCGGCGGCGGCGAGCGAGCAGCGGGAACGGGACGCGGCCCGCCCGCCCCCCCACCCCUCCCGGAGCCUCUCGGCGGGAGCGGAGCGGAGCGGCGGGACCAUGCCGUCGGUCAGCCUGCCGCCCAAGGAGAACGCUCUCUUCAAGCGCAUCCUGCGGUGUUACGAACAUAAGCAGUAUAGAAAUGGGCUGAAGUUUUGUAAGCAGAUCCUUUCUAACCCCAAGUUUGCAGAACAUGGAGAAACCUUGGCAAUGAAAGGACUAACAUUAAACUGUCUAGGGAAGAAAGAGGAAGCUUAUGAGCUGGUGCGCAGAGGCCUAAGGAAUGACUUGAAGAGUCAUGUCUGUUGGCAUGUCUAUGGUCUUCUUCAGAGGUCAGACAAGAAGUAUGAUGAAGCUAUCAAAUGCUAUAGAAAUGCACUGAAAUGGGACAAAGACAAUCUUCAAAUCUUGAGAGAUCUUUCUCUGCUACAGAUUCAAAUGAGGGAUCUUGAAGGUUACAGGGAAACAAGAUAUCAGUUGCUUCAGCUCCGACCUGCACAACGAGCAUCAUGGAUUGGCUAUGCUAUUGCUUACCAUCUGUUGGAAGACUAUGAAAUGGCAGCAAAAAUUUUAGAGGAAUUUAGGAAGACUCAGCAGACAUCACCUGAUAAAGUGGACUACGAGUACAGUGAGCUGCUGCUGUAUCAAAAUCAAGUUCUCCGUGAGGCAGGACUACAUAAAGAAGCGUUGGAGCAUCUUUGUACCUACGAAAAACAGAUCUGUGAUAAAUUGGCUGUUGAAGAAACUAAAGGUAAUUACUAUUCAAAGAUGCAUUUGAAUGCAUGUGCAGACGUUGGAAAAGACCUUCAAGAUCGUCGAGUUCAACCAUCCACCUAUCACCAAUAUAAACUGUUCUAUUUUGUUCCAGCUAAUAUGAUGGAGAGGCUAAAGAUUUAUGAAGAGGCCUGGACUAAAUACCCGAGGGGACUAGUUCCAAGAAGAUUACCAUUAAAUUUUUUGUCAGGUGAAAAGUUUAAGGAAUGUCUGGACAAGUUCCUAAGGAUGAAUUUCAGCAAAGGUUGCCCGCCAGUCUUCAAUACCUUACGAUCAUUAUAUAAAGACAAGGAGAAGGUGGCAAUCAUUGAAGAGCUGGUGGUGGGUUAUGAAACCUCCCUAAGAAGUUGCCGGUUAUUUAACCCAAAUGAUGACGGUAAAGAAGAACCUCCGACCACUUUACUUUGGGUCCAGUAUUAUUUGGCUCAACAUUAUGAUAAAAUUGGGCAGCCAUCGCUGGCUCUAGAAUACAUAAAUGCUGCUAUAGAAAGUACUCCCACUUUGAUAGAGCUGUUCCUUGUGAAGGCAAAAAUCUAUAAGCAUGCUGGAAAUAUUAAAGAAGCUGCAAGGUGGAUGGAUGAGGCUCAGGCUUUGGACACGGCAGACCGAUUUAUCAACUCCAAAUGUGCAAAAUACAUGUUGAAAGCAAACUUUAUUAAAGAAGCAGAGGAAAUGUGUUCUAAAUUUACGAGGGAAGGAACCUCGGCAGUAGAGAACUUGAACGAAAUGCAGUGCAUGUGGUUCCAGACAGAAUGUGCGCAGGCUUACAAAGCAAUGAAUAAAUUUGGAGAAGCACUUAAGAAAUGCCAUGAAAUCGAGAGACAUUUUGUAGAAAUCACAGAUGACCAGUUUGACUUCCACACUUACUGCAUGAGGAAGAUUACUCUUAGGUCUUAUGUGGACUUGUUAAAGCUAGAAGAUGUACUUCGACAACAUCCAUUCUACUUCAAAGCAGCACGGAUUGCCAUAGAGAUAUAUUUGAAACUUCACGAUAAUCCCUUAACAGAUGAAAAUAAAGAGCACGAGGCUGAUACAGCAAAUAUGUCUGAUAAGGAGCUGAAGAAACUACGAAAUAAGCAGAGAAGAGCACAGAAGAAAGCACAGCUGGAGGAGGAGAAGAAGAAUGCUGAGAAAGAGAAGCAACAGAGGAAUCAGAAAAAGAAGAAAGAUGAUGACGAUGAAGAAAUUGGAGGCCCGAAAGAAGAACUUAUUCCCGAGAAAUUGGCCAAGGUUGAAGCACCUUUGGAAGAAGCCAUUAAAUUUUUAACCCCCCUGAAGAAUUUAGUGAAGAACAAAAUAGAGACGCAUCUCUUUGCCUUCGAGAUUUAUUUUCGAAAAGAGAAGUUCCUUCUGAUGCUUCAGUCUGUGAAGAGAGCUUUUGCAAUCGAUUCCAGUCAUCCUUGGCUUCACGAGUGUAUGAUUCAUCUCUUCAGCAGUGUAUCUGAAAGUAAGGAUCUGCCUGACGCAGUUAGAACAGUGUUAAACCAAGAGAUGAAUCGGCUUUUUGGAGCAACUAAUCCAAAGAACUUCAAUGAAGCUUUCCUUAAAAAGAACUAUGACUCGCUGCCACAUAGGUUAUCAGCUGCCAGAAUGAUGUACUAUUUAGAUCCUUCCAGUCAGAAAAGAGCGGUGGAGCUGGCGAUGACCCUGGAUGAAUCCCUCAUUAACAGAAAUCUUCAGACUUGUAUGGAGGUAUUAGAAGCUUUAUGUGACGGUAGCCUUGGAGACUGUAAAGAAGCAUCUGAAACUUACAGAGCAAAUUGUCAUAAGCUUUUCCCUUAUGCUUUGGCUUUCAUGCCCCCUGGUUAUGAAGAGGAUAUGAAGAUCACAGUUAACGGAGAUAGUUCUGCAGAACCUGAAGAACUGGCCAAUGAAAUAUGAACAACUGUAUUGGAAAAAAAUGACAUUGGACCAUAUCUGGUGUAUAAUAUUUUUGUCACGCACCUGCUGAAUUGUUCUAACUUACACGGAGAAUGGAAGGGAAAAAAACUGUUGCCUUCAAAUAGUUUUACUUUUUUUUUUUUUAUCCUGCUGACAAAGUAUAUAUAUGAAAUAUCUAACAUAUUACUGGAUAUAGGUUGUUUGGUUUCUUAAAAAUUAAAAGCUGCUAAAAUUGAAGAAAAAAAAAAACAAACCCUCGUCCUUACCUACCUACCCAUGUUUUUAAACUAAUUUAUAUAAAGUCUGGAGGCGCGGAGCCUUCAGAGCAGGUGUGUGGCAGAAAUAUUACUUUAAAUUUGUCUUGUGAGAUUACUGUUAUCUCAGACAGCAAAAAUGCUGUUUUAGCACUGGAUUCUUUCACUGAGCACAAAGAGUUGUUGGGGCUUUAGCAUCUGACUGAUUUUGAUACGGGGAUGAUUCAGUCCAUAGGAAGUAUGCAAUGUGAAAUCGGAAUACACAGAGAGAAACCCGCAACAUACUUGUUAUGUUGUGGAUGCUGGGACAUACGGAUACCAAGCAGAAUUAAGAAACAUAGUGUGUUCAAUAAGCUUGUUGCGUCUCUGAAAUUCACUGUACACGAUCAGUUUGGUGUUCUUGCACCACAGUUUUUAACAGAAGGAACCAGUCGAAUCGAUAUCUCUGAAUGAAAGACGGGAGGCGGGGUGGGGAGAACGAAUGACGUCGCUGGUUUUGAGAUGAACCUGUCUGAAUAGGUCGGCCAAACUUUUUUAAAACUGUAAUGCAAGAACCAAAUAAAAUUAUGCACUGUGAUGUGGCACCAACUAAUUAGGAAAGAUAGCAUGCGUUUUUCACGUAGAGUGAAAGCAAAAUGAGAACAUACUAUGGCUUGAAGUUGCAAAGAGGAGAACUCCUGACUACCGUUCUGACUGAUCAAGAGACUAAUAGUUUAAAACCUCAGCAGGCCUUGUUCACGUUAUGCAGAAAAAAAAAAAAAGUGCUGCAGUUUAGAUACCUCUGGAACUUUUCCACAGUGUCACAGGUUUGUAAUACUUGAAGCCCUACAUUUCUAAGAAUAUAUUUCUUGCUCAGUUGUUUCAGGCAAGCCCAAGACUUUGUAACUUUUAAGGGGCCCAAGAUUUUUUUUCAAUAACAGACCAGCUUCUUAUUCCUGCAGUUACAGAUGUAAUUUCCUUUGUCAAACAUAAGGUACCAAAUAUGAUGCAAUAAAACGUUUUGAAAAACAAUUGUGUGAAUAUUUAAACCAAUCUCUGUUGUACUUUGAAAAUGAAUGGGUUCCCAGGAGUGCAGCUCAGGGUUGGCUUACUAUGCUGUCCGGUUAUGCUAAUAAUGUCACUGCUGAUGGGUGGAUGCUGAGUAUAAAGUGCAAGCGAAUUAUGUGAAUACUGAAUGUCUGGCUAGUCCUAUAACACAGAAUGCUUUUCUGCUUGGCUUUUAAGUUCCACCGGUAUUACGUUGAAGCUUAUUUUCCGAGUUGAGCUACGUUCAGCUUGUCUACUGUGUUAAUAAUAUAGAUACGUCCUCGAAUGUUGCUUUUUUUAAUAGGUUUAUCAUAAAACAGAGCGGAAAAUAAACUACAGCUUAUAAAGUGAGUGCCUUCUUUGCUGCAGGAAUUCAGUCAGAGAGUAUCUGUCAUGUGGAUACACAGCCUUCUUCUUCCACGUAAUAGAUGUCAGUGAUUGAUGCGUACAGUUCAGAAAUCUGGGAGGAUUUAUCGAGGUUUGUAGUUCUGUCAGUUUUUUCUUGUGCGUUCAGCAACACUUUCUUUUCACGGUUAGAUGAUCCUCUUGAAUGUUUGUGGUGUAGUUCACGUUGAAAAUAUAUGUUGUAUUGCUGUAUUUGUAUAUUUAAUCUGCUGGGCUUUAAAGGACUAGAACGCCUGUAGAGCCUCUAACUGCUCUUUAAUGUCUAGAUCUCGGUCUUUUUUGUGGCCUGAGAUGCUCGGACUGCAUGUCUUCUGCAACCACUGGAGAUGGUUCGAUCUUGCCUUCGCCAGCUAUGAGCUCUUGGCCUUGCCUCUUUGAGUAUUGCUGCCGUUCUCUUGGCUUCCGAUGCUUAGCUGGAGGCAGAUAAAUGCUCACUUUUCUAAACAGUUCGUGAAUUGCAUCGAGCAAUUUUCUUUUUUUCAAAUUGCGUUUUGGAUGCUGCCUAUAAGCGGGAUUGUGUCCUUCACUUGUUCCCCGCCUGUUUUUGCAUCGAAAUAGAUGAACUAAAAGCAAGAUUGUUAUCCUUCAUGAUGCCAGUGGGAAAGGAUAUUUCUACGGGCCUUCCAGAAACCUCCAUCUACAUAUCUGUUACGGUUCCCCCCAAGACUUCCAAAGGCAUCCGUUGUGCUUCAGAAGGGGUGCUUUCAGAUCAGAGGUUCCUCAUUCCCUUCCGGAAGACUGCUGUCUCAGGCAAGGAAGUAGAGAGUUUCCCUGAAGUAGGAAUUGGAUUCUUAUUUCUUCACACAUCUCAGGUGUGUGGUUGACUGCCGAGGAGGCGUUUAUAAAUAGAGCUGGAAACAAAGUUAUAACCCGACUCAGCGGAUCUUUUGUGAAGUAGCAGUACGGCGUCGUGCUGCAGUGAAAACUUCCCUUUGCAUGCUGAGAUAAAUGGCAGACUCUGGUGUUCAGCUGCAGUCAGAGCAAUCUAGAACAGCUUAUUAGUGGCAAAAUUGGGUUUAGUAUUUCACAGUUUCCCCUGAAGAAACAUUCUUUUGCAAUAAGUGGAGCCACAGCUGAUGGCAUAUGCCGUGGAUAUCGGUUUUUGGUUGUUGCUGGGGUUGGUUUUUUUGGGGGGGAGAGGAGAGGAGGGCUGGGACUCGAACAAUAAAUUUUCCUUAGACAAGACUGCAGCUUGGGUUACUGCGUGCUGCAUAAAGCAGUGUGAAGCGGACUUAAAUUUUAAGUAAUUAAAAGAGGUGGUAAGAUAAUAGGGAGAGCAGAGCGUUCAGGCACAUCGGGCGGUAUGUGCGUACAAACAGAUAAAAUAUUCUCAGAAGGAACUACUCGGUAACAAAUCUUUCUUCUUUGCGUUUAAAAUGCCUUCAAAGCCUCUGCAUCUCCUAAGGUUACACUUUUUGGAUGAGGUCUUAAUGCUGACAUGGCUGCAGGGAGAUAACGUUCCCGGUGUCAGCACAGAAUGAAGUCUCGCUCAGUUGUUCCCCUAGCGUAAGGAGAAGGGUCUGAGUUUCCCAGGAAGAUCUGCAGGGCUAGAUGAGGUACGCACUAUUAGCCUAGCAGACCUUUCUUGAGUAUUUGAUGAGGUGCGUGUUGUUAGCCUAAUAGAUUUUCCUUUAGCGUUUGGUUUGUUUUUACAGGUUUGGAGGUGCUCAGCUGUACAGGAGCCCCUGAACGUUGGUGUAACACCUUAUUGGAGUUGUUUUUAUAUACAGAAGGGAAACACCAAUGAGAGCAGGGUGAGAUGGGGCCUGGGAAACUCGAGGUGCAAACGCAAUCUCGGUAUCAUGUGAGAAAGUUCCAGUGUACAAAAUGUAAGGACUCAGUCUUGGGUUACACCUUCGAAGGCUUGAGCAGCGGUGCCAUUGUUCGCGUAGUGCUAGCACCCCGUAUGCCACAGCUGCACUGCAGACAUUUGCCACUAAUGCUAAAACAUCUGAUAAGGUAAUCCAGCUCAGUGUACCUGAGUAAAAAAUACUUCUUCCCCUUUUCGUGAUUGCUUUAAAUGUUUUGUAAGUGUUCUGUACUGGCAGCUAGCUAGCUUGAAAAUCUUUUCCCCGUCUUCCCUUUCUAGGAAGUUUGCUCUAGAAACGCGGUUUGUACCUGAUGGGUAAUGUAAAAUAGCUCCUACUGUAUGGAAGUACAAGUUGUGCUCGCCUGGUAACAAAGUAUAGCCUGACCUGCUGCUUUGGGAUGCUGUGGAAGAAGGUGUUGCAGAUGUAGUCUAUUUCGAUGGCAGUGUCAGGGAGGAACGGAACAGCCCGUGAGCCUGCUGGCAGCGGAUGCUGCUCCAGGUGGAAGAAGAUGAUUGCUGAGGCUGGGAAUGACCAUUGCUUCAAGGAGCGUUCUGGUUACGAACCGCUCUUUGGUGGUGGAAGGAGCAAAGAGUGUACAUUUUUACUACAAUCAUGGUCGUGUUAUUGUGAUACUUCCUGGAAAUUUAAGCUGCACGUGCCAGUUUCACAGCCUUUUUUGGGGCAGAGACUCUUUGUUGGAGCACACAGCCGGCGGUGAGAACGGCCAAGAGAAGCUGAUACGGCAUCUUGGCAAAAGGAGACUGAAGGGAGUUACGAGGAGGCAGCGUAAUAGAAAUUCUGUUUUAGAUUAAGCAUCAAAGUAGGGUUGGUUUUUUUUGUUGUUGCUAGAAUGAUUACUGAAACUGUAAAUAAUAUAAAUGCAGUCUCCUGUGUCCUGGAAGCUGUACGUGUAUAUUACUGCUAGAGCGGUUCAAGCAAAGAGUAGCAUGUUCACAAAGAUGUAUGUUGGUCCCCAGGUAAAUCGCGGCAGAAAACCCAGAGAUUGAAGGUUAUAUAAUUUACAAGGGACCAUAACAAUGAGUAUUUCGAGGUAAAUAUCACUAGAAAAUUCAAAGCAUCUUAGAAUAGCUUUCCUAAGAUGUUUGUUGUUUUAAUCGAAAAUGUUACAUCUGCUAAUUGUUCAUAACAAAAGGCAAAAAGUACUUCAACAAAAUACUUCUGCCUGGCACUGCCCAUUCAAUAUCUACCUCUACUAGUUCUAGCCUGGUUCAUCCACUGCAUAAUUUUAGCCAUUUAGCACAUAACGUAUGAAAAAGUGUCAUUUGCCUUGUUGGUGAACAAAUGUAUGACGAUGGAUACGUUCAGUUAUAAAAUGUAAUGCAAUAAACCACGAAUUUAGCGAAAGUCCUCUUGUUGGUUCAGUGCGGCAGCAUAUUUAUUGCUUCAUUGCUGAUCCAUUCAAAAACCUUAAAUUAUCAACUCUGCCAAGUUACUUGCAAAUGUACUGGGAUCUGCUUUCCCUUCCAGCCUUCCUAACCGGUUAAAAAUGUUGUACUGUGUUUUUACGCUCUUCUCUGCUGAUAGCAAAUAUUAAAGAAAAAAAAAACACAAAAACUAGCAGGAAGUCAA